AUGGCUUCCAAGCUCUCUUUUCUAAAUUCUCUCAUCAAUCGAAGAAACAAACCUGCUAAUAACAAUUCUAUUAAAGAUGAUCACAUCAAUGAAGAUCACUUAGACAUAGUGAAAGCAGCUGCAUGGGCAUGGCAUCAACAUGGAUCCGGAUCAUGCCAUGAAGGUGAGGGUUCUAAUGAGUUUUAUUUUAGAAGAAGUACUACUCAUCGUGCACCGAGACCUUCUCGGUACAAAUUAGAAUUAGAAGCAAUGACAUCAACGGAAAAAGAAGCGACACAAAGUUCAACAAUUCUUCACAAGGAAAAAUCUAGAUCUCUACUUGACGCGUAUGAAGUUCAAAGCAUUUCAAAGCAAUUGAAUCACCUUUUAGAGUCUAAUAAUACUCGCAAUCGCGAUAAACUUGUGAAUAGCGCCAAUAAUAUUGCGAGUACAAGUGCGGAUGAUGGUGUUAAAGAGAUAAAGAAAAAGAAGAAGGUAAGGAAAGGGUUUUUUCUUAAGCAUAGUGUUAUAUGUGGAAGAGAGGGAGAUGUGGUAGAUCCAACUAGUGUUUCAAGAGAUCGUCGUCGUCAAUUAACAAAGAGUAUACCUUCUAAUCAAGGCUUUAAAUAA